AUGUCUGCUGCAGUUCGUAGAUUAAAAAAGGAAUAUGAAACACUGGUUAAUUCAAGCAUCAAAAAUGUGAUUAGAAAUGUUACAUAUGAUGAACCGAAUUUUUUGACGUGGACAGGACUCAUAGUACUGGAUGAACCUCCUUAUAACAAAGGGGCGUUUAGAAUUGAAAUCACAUUUCCAGUUGAAUAUCCUUUCAAGCCUCCGAAAGUGAUGUUCAAAACGCGUAUAUAUCAUCCAAAUAUAGAUGAAAAAGGUCAAAUCUGUUUACCAAUAAUCAAUCCAGAGAACUGGAAACCGGCUACUAAAGUUGAACAUGUGAUUCAAGAUCUCGUUGCAAUGCUUCAUGCUCCUGAAGUUGAACAUGCUCUUCGUUCAGACCUAGCUGAGGAAUAUGCUAAAGACUUUAAAAAGUUUCAUAAAAACGCAGAAGAGUUUACACGAAAAUAUGCAGAAAAAAUACCAAAUGUGUAAAUUGUCUUGCCUAAGUUACAAUGAAAUAUUGAUGACUUCAUGAUUUCUUCUCAUAUAUAUUAAAUCUCUUUUUGUUUUUUCCUUGCCUUCCUCAUUCUGUUUUCUGGGUGAUUCCAAGUGGUGGUAUUUGUUUUUGACAAGGGCACACACGCGCGCGCGCCCGCCCGCCCACGCACACACUUACACUUGCUCUCGUAAAAAGUUCUCUGGCGGUCUUCAUAUUUGAUUGAUACUGAUGUCUCUCUAUCAUGUUUCUCUUUUGUUGAAGGAUUGUGUAUGUAUAUGUGACUAGACUAGUUGUUGUUGUAUUCUGAAGAUUGAAUAGUGUUUCUCUUUAUCCCUCUGUCUUCUGUCUCUCGUUUCGAUUCUGACAGCUUCUUUCUUUCGUGAUGAUUUUUUGCACUUUCAACAAACACACUACAUGAACACGAAUGGGCGCUGUGUUAUCCCGCAUACACACACAUAUAUAUAUGCACAUGUAUUUAUGCAUUUCGAAGCAUGUCGUCAAUAUGUGAUCAGAACUCUAAAGUCGUCACCAUCUUGAUAUCGAAUAAUAAUAAUAAUAAGACUACUGUUUUACUUUCUGAUUACUUUUUAUCUAAAAUUAUGUUAUUUUGUUCUCAAGUUAGUUAUUGUUUCUUGUCUUGAAUAUGUACUGAGUUUGUCUGAAAUGCAUAAAUAUAUACAUAUAUGUAUGUGUAUGCUA